CCCAAAAAGUAUUAUUUAAGCCAAAGAAAGAGAAAAAUAAAAAGAAAGAAAUAUUAGUCAAACAGUUCGUCCAGAGAAAAGCCAAAGCCAACCACAUUUCUGAAGCUGGACCAGCCUCUCUCUUCCUGGUUGCAGUGCUAGAAGUUGACAGUAAAAAUGACUGAUAAUGGAAGAGUGCAUCCAGAUUGUGCUAAUGCGGCUAAUCCCUACCACGAAUGCGGUGUAGCUUGCCUGGAAAAAAUAGCACAUGGCCACGGACGGAAGGACAAGAAAAAGUCAGAUUAUCACAAUGGUAAAAAUGACGCUGGGCUUAGCAAAACGAUGAAUGGAGGAAGAAAAGGAGACCCGACUUGUCCUAAAGCUUCUAAUCCUUACCAUCAAUGUGACAAUUUUUGCUCCUAUAAAAAUGCUGAAGCCUAUCCACAGGGGGUUAAUAAAAAAUCAGGGUCCUUCAUUGAGGCUUCUCUAAGCUUUGGAAGAAAAAAGAAGGGAUCUGAAUCUCAGCCGAGAACCCCUCGAGAGGCCAACAAUAUGUCCCCUGCGAAAGUAGUGUACCCUUCCGACUCUCCAUCACCUCGGUCACCUUUUCCAGCCAAAAAGAAAGCUGAAUCAGACAAUAGUCAGUCUUCUUCUUCUUCAUCUCAGCAACAUUCGGACGAAAGUUUUUCUCAGAGUCAUUCUUUCGAUAAGGGACAAGUUCCGUCAUCUGAAAUCGUACCUGCAUCUGGGAUCUUAAAGCCUGAAGCUCCUAAAAGUCCCAAAAGCCUUUCACUGGGUACUUUAACCUGUUAUGCCAUUGCACCACCACCCGGACAGGGGGACCGUGUAAAAGUUCCUGCCUCACCACGGGCAGCCUCUUCUCCUACUGCGAAAAAUGAUGGAAUGUCUAAUGCUCGAGGUAUUGAGUCCCUGAACUUCACUUUCUCAGGCUUAUCGCGUGCUACUGAAGAGAGUGACGACGAAGAUAUUUUAUCUGUUAUUUCUGAUUCCUGUGUGUCAGUGGGGAAAUAUCAUGUGCGAGCAAAUAGUGCCUCUAUUUUACAGUUAAUUAUCGACAACUAUGGCGAUAUAGCAGCAAACUGUCGAUUGGAAUCAGCGUCUUUACGCACAUAUUACUUGGAAUGCUUGUGCUCUGUGGUUCAGGAGUUGCAGUCUACUUCUCUUAGUCAAUUAACAAAAUCAAAAGUUAAAGAAUUUUUGGCUGUUCUUAAGGACGUAGAGUCGGCACAAAUUGAUGUUAGCUGGUUGCGAAACAUACUGAAUGGACUGACGCAGGCUGUGGAGCUGAAUAAUAAGCAACAGGCCGCCGAGGAAGCGAAAACAAACUGUGAUAAUAUAAUCGAAUCAACAAGGAGCGAACUACAAUCCAUGACGCAGGAAUUAUUUGAGAAAGAAAAAGAAGUAGCGGACACUAAAGCAAGAAUCGAGGAGACGGAGGCUCACUUGAGGGAGCUUGAGCUCGAAUCGUCUGAAUUAAGUGAAACCAUAUUGUCAUUAAGGUCUCAGGCUGAUAAAUUUAAUUCGAAACCGCUGGGAGAUCAGAUCUUGUGAUGCAAAUGGAUGACUUCUGUCUAUUCUAAUAUAGUAGUAUACUUGCAAAAGGUAAUUGUAUGAUACAGUGUAAUGUGGGUAAUACUAGGCUUUGAAGUUUGUUAUUUUUAGUACCUCAAUAAUUAAGUUGUAUGCUAAAUUGCUAAUUAGUUCUACAAAACAUGAAGUUGAUUUAUAGGGAGUCCUUUUUUUUUUAUUAUUUUGCUUUAUGCAAUAUAUAUCAAAACCAACAUUUCCCUUA